AUGAUGGGGGAUUUGUACAGCGGCGGCGGCGGGCUGUUCAGGGUUUCGAUGUGCGGCGGCGGCGCGGAGGCCCGUGAGAUCGAGCAGCUGUCGAGGGAGGGAAGUCAGUACAGCCUCUCGACCGGAAUUCUUCCUUCUCUUGGCGCUAGAAGUAAUCGCAGGGUUACCCUUUUUACAGUUCAUUGUGCGGCUUGCUUUAAUUACUUGCUCGCUGCCCGUUAUCACGACAAGCAAAAGACUUGGAUUGGAGCAGUUAUGGAGAAUUUUACCGAGCAGAGCCUUUGGGUCCGUUACGUGACUUCGGUCUACUGGUCGAUUACGACCCUCACGACUGUUGGCUAUGGAGAUUUGCAUGCUGAGAACACGAGGGAGAUGAUUUUCGAUCUUUUUUACAUGCUUUUUAAUCUGGGACUAAUGGCAUACCUCAUAGGAAACAUGACAAACCUUGUUGUGCACGGGACUAGCAAGACUCGGCAAUUCAGAGAUACGGUUCAAGCGGCCACAAGUUUUGCUCUGAGGAACAAAUUGCCAGCUGGUCUUCAAGAGCAGAUGCUUUCACAUUUGUGCUUGAAGUUUAGAACCGAUUCAGAGGGUUUGCAACAGCAAGAGAUUCUUGAUUCUCUUCCAAAGGCCAUUCGGUCGAGUAUUUCACAUUUCCUUUUCUACUCUCUUGUAGACAAGGUAUACUUGUUUCGUGGAGUCUCGAACGAUUUACUCUUCCAGCUGGUCUCCGAGAUGAAGGCUGAGUAUUUCCCUCCAAAAGAGGAUGUAAUCUUGCAGAACGAAGCACCAACCGACUUCUACAUUCUUGUAACAGGGGCAGUGGAACUAUUGAUUUUGAAAAAUGGAGUUGAACAGGUUUUUGGAGAAGCCAAAGCCGGAGAUCUCUGUGGCGAAAUUGGUGUACUUUGUUACAGGCCUCAAUUAUUUACCGUGCGAACAAAAAGAUUAAGCCAGUUAUUGCGUCUUAAUCGUGCCACAUUCUUGAACAUUGUUCAGGCCAAUGUUGGAGAUGGCACAAUUAUCAUGAACAAUCUUCUUCAGCACUUGAAAGAAUUAAAGGACCCUAUAAUGGAGGGAAUUCUGUUAGAGACUGAAAAUAUGCUUGCACGUGGAAGAAUGGAUUUACCUCUAACUCUGUGUUUUGCGGCACAUAGAGGAGACGAUUUGCUUUUGCAUCAAUUGUUAAAGAGGGGUCUCGAUCCUAAUGAGUCCGAUAAUAAUGGAAGAACAGCUCUCCAUAUAGCUGCGGCGAAAGGAAACGAGAAUUGCGUACUUCUUCUGCUCGAUUUCGGGGCUGAUCCAAACAGCCGAGAUUCCGACGGAAGCGUCCCCUUGUGGGAGGCCAUGGUCAACUCUCACAAGCCUGUGGUCAAACUACUCUCAGAAAACGGGGCAAAGCUCACUCCCGGCGACGUAGGCAUGUUCUCGUGCACGGCCGCCGAACAAAACAAGCCCGAACUCCUGAAAGAGAUCAUCCGCCUCGGCGGUGACAUCACCCUCUCGAGGGACGACAACGGGUCCACGGCCCUCCACGUGGCAGUCUGCGAGGGCAACACGAAUAUCGUCCGUUUUCUCCUCGGGCGCGGGGCCCGACCCGACCGAGCGGACGGGAACGGUUGGACCCCGCGCGACCUGGCUGAGCAGCAGGGCCACGACGACAUCCGAGAGCUCUUCGACUCCCAUCAACGGGCCCGCGCGAUCGAGACAGCUGUCUCCGCCCCGGCCGAGCCCAGCCGUGGGGUCCGCUUCAUAGGGAGGUUCAGGAGUGAGCCCGUCUUGCUUCCGGGACCACCACCCGUGGGGCCCAACGGGCUGUGGGGGGGCCCGCGGUCAAGGCGGAGGGUUAAUGACUUUUGUAAUUCUUUGUUUGGGAUGAUGUCGGCAGUGGGGGGGUCCGCCGGGGAGUUUGGGGUAGCGGAGAAUGGGAAAUAUGUGGCUCGGGUGACCGUGAGCUGCCCGGAGAAAGGGGAUAGUGCGGGCAAGCUUGUGGUGCUUCCGGGCAGCUUCCGGGAGCUGAUGGAGAUUGGGGAAAGGAAGUAUGGGGUUUCGGGCGGGUCGGUUUUGAGAGAGGAUGGUGCUGUGAUUGACGAUAUUGAGCUGAUUCGAGAUGGCGAUCGUUUGGUUUUCACGAGUGGGACAAAUUAGUGUUCAUUUUUUUAUUAUUAUUUUUUUUUUGGGACU